AUGAAAAAUGCAGAUGGAUCCAAGAGACCAAAGCGGGAGUGGAUUAUCCCACCAAUUAAAAUAAAAGAAAACUACGACUAUGGAACCUCUGCCAUUUCAAAAAUUAGAUCUGAUAAAGAAGAUGACGGCAAGCAAUUGUCAUACGCCCUUAGAGGGCACGGUGCUGACAAGGAGCCGUACAGCGUUUUUAAUGUCAACCACAAAACUGGCUUUAUCACUCUCACACAUCCUCUGGACAGAGAGGAAAUAUCACAGUACAACCUGACCGGGAUUGCGAAGUACAAUGAUGGAACUUUGGCCGAGCAAGAAAUUCAGAUAAAAAUAUUGGUUGAAGAUGAAAAUGACAAUCCCCCAAAGUUCAAAAAAUUCCAAGUGUCUGUGCCAGAAUGUAGACCAAUAGGAACCCAUGUGUUGAAGAUAACUGCUGAUGAUGCAGACCAAAGUGGAACACUCAAUGCAGAAAUUGCAUAUAGCAUAGUAAAGCAAUUUCCAGAAGAUUCCAAACCCAUGUUUGGCAUUGACAAAGACAGUGGAAUGAUAUAUGUUAAAGAGCGCUCACUGGAUAGAGAGACUCUUGAUCACUACACCUUAAUAGUACAAGGUGUGGAUCUGGCUGGUGCCCCAGAAGGCAAUACAGGAAUUGGUAUAGUAGAGAUUGCAGUGACGGACAUCAAUGACAAUGUUCCUACUCUUGAAAAAGACGAGUAUAGCGCUUCUGUUGAUGAAGAAACAGCUGAUGUGGUUGUAAUGAGAAUCAAAGCUUUGGAUGUAGACUUGAAGAACUCUGAUAAUUGGCUGGCUGUCUUUGACAUAAUCAGUGGUAAUGAAGACGAAAUGUUUACUAUAGAGACGAACCCUAAAACCAAUGAAGGCAUUUUAAAGCUUGUCAAGCCUGUGGAUUUUGAAAAGGUGAAAAAUCUGGACCUUGGUUUAUCCAUUUCAAAUGUAGCUCCUUUUAUAAAUGAAACUGCUUUAUCACUAGGCAUUAAUCUAAACAAUCCUGGAGCUUCAGGAUCCCCGGAUAAGACAGCAGCUGGAACUGGGGUGGGAACAGGUGCAGGUGCAGAUGCAGAUGCAGGUGCAGGUGCAGGUGCCGGUGCCGGUGCAGGUGCAGGUGCUGGUGCCGGAGGUAACCCUGGUGUCAGUCUUCAAUCAGGUGUUAGGCCUGGAACUAAACCAGGGACUAAACCUGGUAACAAAAAGCCACCUCUAGGUGGAAAGAGCUAUCCGGUAAAAAUAGCUGUGAACAACUUACCUGAUGGUCCAGUGUAUUCACCGCCAGUGAAGGACUUUUCUGUGUCAGAGAACCCAGAGGAAGUUAAAGUUCCUGUGGUCAUUGGGUCCUUUCCUGCUUUGGAUGGUGACACUGGAGAGCUUGCUGAAAAUGUAAGGUAUGCCAAAGGAUUUGAUCCAGACAACUGGCUGUCCAUUGAUGAGGAAACUUCAGAAAUUAAACUGACAAAGAUUCCAGAUCAAGAGUCUCCAUAUCUGGUCAAUGGAACUUACACAGCAAAAAUACUCUGUUUAAACAAGGAUGUGCCACCCAAGACAGCUACUGGAACGAUAGCCAUAAAGGUGCAAGAUGCAAAUGACCACUGUCCGGAACUGACCAGCACCUAUCAAAAUGUGUGUUCUGAUGUUAAAGUGAUAAAUGUGACUGCACAUGAUGUGGAUAUGCAUCCGUUUGGAGACCCUUAUACAUUUAAGCUUAUAGAGAAGAAGACUAGAGGAAAGUGGGAAAUGGUUCCUGUCAAUGGAACAUCUGUAAGCUUCCAUGCCGUGGAGCCUCUGUGGCCAGGGGUGUAUGAACUAACAAUGGAGAUUUUUGAUGCAGAAGGUUUGGGCUGUACGGACAGUCAGAAACUUAAAGUGGAGGUGUGCACCUGUCAGGAUGGUAGCACUUGUGCUGUCAGAGCAGCCAAACUACAAAAAUCUUCAGCUAGAUUUGGGGUUUGGGCAAUUAGGGCAAUGAUGGGAGGCCUGCUUCUGUUCAUAUUUAUCCCACUCUUACUGCUGACCUGUUUGUGUGGAGCUGGAGGCAUGGGGGGUUUUGCCGAGAUGAACGUUGAUACUAAAGAGCACCUGAUGGCAUAUAAUACAGAAGGGCAGGGAGAAGACCGGGAUGUGCCCAUGCUCUCUGAUAUGGAUGGGAUGAUGAACUAUAGUACAAAAGGAGGUGGCUUUGGGGCAGGAGCUGGCUAUGAAGCAGGAGCUGGCUAUGGGGCAGCUACUUAUGGAGGUACCAUGGCUGGAAUGGGCGCUAGUUACAUGGCAUCCAUGAACGGCAUGAACGGGGGUGGUCAAACCUGGGACGGUGGUCAAACCUGGGGCGGUGGUCAAACCUGGGGCGGUGGUCAAACCUGGGGAGGUGGUCAAACCUGGGGCGGUGGUCAAACCUGGGGCGGUGGUCAAAUGGAAAUGAUUUGUAUGGAUCAGGGGAUGGCUGGUGGAAUGAUGAGAGGGGAGUAUGACAGCGGAAUAGCCUUUUCAGACGACUUCUUGUAUCACUACUACUCAGAGAAGAGCCAGAUGGUGGAUGGCACCGCCGAUAACUAUAAUUUGCAAUAUGAAUAUGAAGGCCAAGGCUCGCCUGCUGGAUCUGUGGGCUGCUGCAGUAUGCUGGAAUCCGAACCCGAUUUGGAGUUUCUCAAAGACCUGGGGCCAAAGUUUACCACCCUGGCUGAGAUCUGCGGUGGCACAAGGAUCACCACGGCUGCCUCGACACCUCUUCCUCCUCCUCCAAAACCUGAUGAACUCCUCAUGAACUCCGAAUCGAUGUCCAUCCAAGCCAGCACCAGCAACGUUGUCAACCAUGCUGCCCAAGCUGUAUCCUCCUCCACCUCUCUGCACACAGAGGAGAACAUGCUAGUUACAAACAACCAUGCUCAGACUCUUGUCGACGUCAUGCCUGCCCAGACACUGAUGGUGCAGCAACAGCAGCCUAUGUAUUACAUGUUGGAGCCACAGGUCUCUAACACUGUGCUUCUGGCCGAGAGGCCCGCGGUGGGACUCACCCAAGGAAGGGUGUACGUGCUGAACGGAGCUCCGAUGGCUGAAACCGUUCUGGUUCAGGGUACCGUUCCUGCUCAUAGUACGAUCACUGGAGAAGAUAGAGUGAUGUUGGUGGAAACACAUGGAGGACCCGGCCAGGCUAUAAAAAUAGGCAUGCUUCAGUCGACUCAGUUGUCCAGAUUGCAGCUGUUGCUGGUGGAUAGAGGCGCCCAGGUCUCCCAGGGAACGCUGCCGCCGGGCAUGGUCCCCAGUGCAGGGUUACAGAAUGGCACUUUCGAAAUUAGCAUGAGCUCUGUAAACGAAUAUCCCAGCGCACAAGAAGUUGUAAUGCAGGAAAAGAAAGUAGUGUCAUCUCAAGAGAGCUCUGUAACGAUGGGUAAAUAA